AUGGCAGCAAGGAGCACCGCAAAGCGCACGGGUCUGUUUGGUCGCCUGAAAAACGGCUUAGCUAAAACGCGCACUCAGUUAGCGCAGGGUGUGGGUAACCUGCUGCUCGGCGAGCGUGAGAUCGACGACACUGUCCUGGAGGACCUGGAGACAGCUCUGCUCAUCACCGAUGUUGGUAUAGAUACCACAACCAGCAUCAUGGCGGAUCUGGCUCAGCAGGUGAAACGUAAAGAGCUUAAUAAUACGCGAGCCCUGCACGGUGCGUUAGGUCGUUUGUUGAAGGCCCGCCUGGAGCCCCUGCAGAAAGAUUUGACGCUGACAGACAAAAAGCCGCACGUGAUCUUUUUUGUUGGGGUCAACGGCGUAGGCAAAACAACAACUAUUGGUAAACUGGCCAAGCAGUUACAGAAUCAGGGUAAAAAUGUCAUGUUGGCCGCGGGUGAUACCUUCCGCGCAGCAGCAGUUGAACAGUUACAGGUGUGGGGUGAGCGCAACAACGUGCCGGUUAUUGCUCAGGCCCAGGGAUCUGAUAGUGCUUCAGUGGCGUUUGAUGCUCUGCAAUCCGCGCAGGCGCGCGGCGCUGAUGUGUUACUGGUAGACACCGCGGGCCGGCUGCAGGAUAAAGCCCAGCUUAUGGAUGAAUUGAAAAAAGUACAUCGCGUGGUCAAGCGUCUCGAUGACUCAGCGCCCCAUGAUGUUGUGCUUGUGCUGGAUGGCGGAGUUGGUCAGAACGCACUCAGUCAGGUGCGUUUGUUUAACGAGGCGGUAGAUCUUACGGGCCUGGCGAUCACCAAGCUGGACGGCAGUGCCAAAGCGGGUGUUAUUUUCUCUAUUGCAGCUUUGCAGGACAUUAACCUGCCGGUUUACUUUGUCGGGGUAGGUGAGGGCAUUGAUGAUCUGCGGCAGUUUGUAGCAGACGAUUUUGUUGAGGCGCUGUUGGAUCAGGAUUUCAAAGACUCCCUCGAGCGCUCCAUGUGUUUCCUCACGGGUCACUCUGGCGCGGGCAAGAGUACCUUCUUAAAGCUCCUGCUGCGUGCUGAAAUGCCGAGCCGGGGACGGCUGCUGGUAAAUGGGGUGGACAUCGUUCAACUGCCGGAUAAACGCCUGCCGCGCUAUCGGCAGAAUCUCGGUGUUGUUUUUCAGGAUCACCACCUGCUUGCACAACGCAGUGUUUUUGAAAACGUCGCCCUGCCCCUGCGGGUGAUGGGAAUGCGUGAACGCGAAGUUGGGCGGCGUGUGCGUGCUGCGCUGACCCGGGUUGAAUUGCUGGGCAAAGAAAACCUGUUUCCACGGCAUUUAUCUACCGGCGAGCAGCAACGGGUGGGCAUUGCCCGGGCGGUGGUGACGCGGCCUAAAAUUCUGCUCGCUGAUGUUGGCACAACAGUCAUUAUUGCCAGCCAUGAUGUUCCUCUGAUCGAAAGUAUGGGUCUGCGGAUACUGAUUGACCCUGGAAGCGCCACAGGAAACGGAUUCGUGACCCGCGCAGCAAAAGAUCCCUGGCGUGGUACCGGGUGGCAACCAUUCGCGUGGGUCAGAGAUCACGCGCGCGUCGGUAGCGAGUCGAUCAAUUUCAUCAGUACCCGUAUCGGCACCAGCUUUUUAGUCUGGCUGGUGGUGGGCAUCGCCCUGGCUUUACCCGCGGGUCUUUGGAUUCUGCAGAUUAAUAUGGAAGCCAUGUCUCAGGGUUGGGAGGGGCGUCCUGGAUUGAGCGUUUACUUCCUGACAGAUGCGAGUCAGGAAGACAUUGAUGUUGUUGCACAGGCGCUCGAAGCUGAUACCGACAUUGCCAGUGUUGCGCUGACAACCGCGGAUCAGGCGCUGGCACAGUUCAAAGAAUACAGCGGUCUGGGUGACGCCCUGGACCUGCUUGGAGAAAAUCCACUGCCCGCUUCGCUCACGGCUCGUUUUGCAGACAAAAUUGACCCUCUUGCACUGGAUGAUCUGCUGGCUUCACUGUCGCAGCUUGCAGGGGUUGCGGAGGUUGUGGUUGAAAAAACCUGGCUGGAGCGGCUCAACGACCUCUCCGCCGUCAUCAGCCGUAUGGGCCUGGUGCUGGCCAUUAUGUUUGGCGUUGGUGCGGUUCUGGUCACAGCCUCUUCUGUGCGGUUGGCGAUAGAAUCGCGUCUGGAUGAGUUACGUGUGCUGAAAAUGGUGGGCGCUACCCAGGGUCAGAUCCGUCGACCGUUUCUCUAUUUCGGAGCGAUAUACGGGUUUGGUGGUGGUGUUAUCGCCGCUAUGUUGAUUGCCUUCACGCUGGUGGUUAUUGAGCCGCCACUGCAGUCACUGCUGGGCAGUUAUCGCCAGGAGUUGCAGCUGGCUGGCUUUAACAUGCUGUUUUUACUGCUAAUCUUGACGACGGGCUGUUUUUUAGGGGUGCUGGGUGCGCUGCUGGCGGUGCGACAGUAUCACAUGUCUACAAACAUCAUGACUCUACCCAGCCUGGCUCCAGGCCGCGACAUCGAUGCGUAUCUGCAGACGAUCAGUCAUUUUCCUGUGCUCAGUACUGACGAGGAAAAAGAGCUCGCUGAGCGUUUUUAUUAUCAGGAAGACCUUGAGGCAGCGCGUCAGCUGGUGCUCAGUCAUCUGCGCUUCGUGGCUCACAUUGCCAGAUCGUAUAAAGGUUACGGUUUAUCCCAGUCCGACCUGAUUCAGGAAGGUAAUGUGGGUUUGAUGAAAGCGGUUAAGCGCUUCAAUCCGGAAGUGGGUGUGCGGCUGGUUUCUUUUGCAGUGCAUUGGAUCAAAGCUGAGAUGCACGAAUUCAUUCUGCGCAACUGGCGCAUCGUGAAAGUUGCAACCACCAAGUCCCAGCGCAAAUUAUUUUUUAACCUGCGUUCAAAUAAGAAGCGCCUGGCGUGGCUGACCGAGGCUGAAAGCCAGGCCAUAGCAGACGACCUUGGUGUGCCGGUGGCUGAAGUCACGCGUAUGGAAGGGCGGCUUUCAGCCAACGAUAUGGCGUUUGACGCAGACGAUAAUGAUGAUGAGCAAGGUACCGCGCCGGUUCACUUUCUCGCAUCCAGCACCCAGGAUCCGGCAGAUAUUGUUGCUGCUGCAGAUCUUGAAAUGGAGCAGAGUGAGCGGCUUUCUGAAGGCUUUGCAACACUGGACAAGCGCAGUCGCGACAUUGUGCAGAAACGCUGGCUGACCGACAAAAAAGCCACGUUGCAUGAGCUUGCAGCCGAAUACGGUGUCUCCGCAGAACGCAUUCGCCAGCUUGAGAAGAAUGCAAUGAAGAAGCUUAAAAAAGCCAUUGCGGCCUGA